GACAAAACACAAAUGCAAAUCCUUCAAAAUCUUUUACACGGCAACUUAAAAUCGCGCUUAUGUGUGUGCAUGUGAUGUUAUUUUUUGUUAAAUUAUUUUAAGUGUUUUCUUUUUAAACUUUUAUUUUGUUUUAUACAAUAAAAUUUUUGUUAAACUAAAUAUAAAUACAUGUUUUGAAAAUGUCCAAAAACAAAAUAAAUAUCACAAAUACUGAUUCCGAAGUUAUAGAAGUCAAAUCAAAGUUCGAUGCGGAAUUCCGUCGAUGGGGCUUCAAGCGCAAUGAGCCGACAACUUUUGAAAAUUUUUCUGCCUUAAUUGAACAACUACAUAGACUUAAUAAUAUACAAUUUUUGAUUUUAUACAUUGAUCCUCGUGAUAAUGACUUAUUGCCUAUUAAUAACGAUGACAAUUUUGGAAGAGCCUUAAAAACCGCAAAGCCUUUACUAAGAAUUAUUGUCCAGAGAAAAGAUUAUUUUGAAGAUUUCUCUGGAUAUGGAACUAUGAAACCACGUAGUAAUAUAAUAAGUAGUAUUCUUGGACAAACACCAGUAAAGACUAAGGCCCCAACCAUAUCAAAUCCGCAUGAUUUUCGACAAGUUUCGGCUAUUAUCGAUGUUGAUAUUGUGCCAGAAACAUGUCGUAGAGUGCGUUUACUUAAGCAUGGUAGCGAUAAGCCAUUAGGAUUUUAUAUAAGAGAUGGAACCUCAGUUCGUGUCACAGCGAGUGGACUAGAGAAACAGCCAGGUAUAUUUAUAUCUCGAUUGGUACCUGGUGGUUUGGCAGAAAGCACUGGUUUGUUAGCUGUUAACGAUGAGGUAUUGGAAGUAAACGGCAUUGAAGUCGCUGGAAAAACUUUAGAUCAGGUCACCGAUAUGAUGGUCGCAAACAGCUCGAAUCUUAUUAUAACAGUCAAACCAGCCAAUCAAAGAACUUUGACUACACCCAGGAGGGGUUCAUUUUCUCGAAAUAGUCAAUUGUCUAGCGGUUCUCAUCAAACCAACCACACCAACACAUCAGAUGAGAUCGAACAAGACGACCAAGAUGAAAUAGUCGAUUUGACUGGAGUGACUCUCGAUGACCAACAACACAACCACAUCCAACCGACUCCGCCCAAUGCAGCUACAGAGUCCAAAGACGGCGUUUUGCACUUAUAAGAAAGAAAAAAAAAUAAAUACAAUUAAUUAAGAAUAAACAUAAAGUAAACAAAAAAAUAACAUUUUUCUAAUCCAAUUGCAUGGUAAUUUAUAAAUUAUUAUUAUACUAUUGUUCAAUUCUUAAAUCAACCUACAAACAAAAAAAAAAACACUCAAAAAGACGUAUGUACUUAACUAUUAAGCAAUAAAAGACAACCGAAAACAAAAUUACUGUUCAUAUUAUACAACCACACAAGUGUACACUUAAAAAAGAAAAGUUUAAACUAAAUACUAUUAUAUAAUAAUUCAUUGUUUUAUACUCAAUGAAUCUUUUUUUUUAUAUAUCACGCAGCUAAAUAUACAAAAUUAUAUACAACUGUUUUGAACGGUUUUCGCAUUGGAAUUGUUAUGAAAUAACUAAAAUAAAUCAAACAAAAUUAAAAAUUUAAAAUAAAUUAUAAAAUCGCGAUUUAACAAAAUUUAUUUAAUAAAACAAAAAUUAAAAUAACUAAAAUCAAAUUUAAAUAUAUAUUAAAAAAAACAUCAUCACUGUAAUCAU